CAGCGCAUGCGCCCUGGCCGGUGGAGUCUCCUUGGUUGGGGAAGUGAAAGAGAGCCCUUAGUUUGCCUGCGUUGCUUCGGUUCAGUCCCUUCGGUUCGGAGUAUGGCGGCUGCGUACAGGCUUGUGUUGGUUCGGCACGGGGAGAGCACCUGGAACCUCGAGAAUCGGUUCAGUGGCUGGUAUGAUGCGGAUCUGAGCCCAGCGGGGCAGGAAGAAGCGCGGCGCGGCGGCGAGGCGCUGAGAGAUGCUAAAUAUGAGUUUGAUAUCUGCUUCACAUCUGUGCAGAAGAGGGCCAUCCGUACCCUCUGGACUGUGCUGGAUAUCCUUGAUCAAAUGUGGGUGCCAGUAGUGAGGACCUGGCGUCUCAAUGAAAGGCAUUAUGGUGGCCUAACAGGCCUUAACAAGGCUGAGACAGCUGCUAAACACGGGGAGGCCCAGGUCAAGAUAUGGAGGCGUUCCUAUGAUAUCCCUCCACCGCCAAUGGAGCCUGAUCACCCUUUCUACAAUACCAUUAGCAAGGAUCGCCGCUAUGCUGACCUCACUGAAGAUCAGCUCCCUACAUGUGAGAGUUUGAAAGACACCAUUGCCCGGGCGCUGCCAUUCUGGAAUGAAGAAAUUGUUCCUCAGAUCAAGGAAGGCAAGCGAGUGCUCAUUGCUGCCCAUGGUAACAGUCUCCGGGGCAUUGUGAAACAUCUAGAAGGAAUGUCUGAGGCAGCAAUCAUGGAACUCAAUCUGCCCACUGGAAUACCAAUAGUCUAUGAGCUGGACAAAAAUUUGAAGCCUGUCAAGCCUAUGCAAUUCCUGGGAGACGAGGAGACUGUCCGCAAAGCUAUGGAAGCUGUGGCAGCUCAGGGCAAAGUCAAGAAGUGAGGGCAGGCAAAGUAAUCAGCAUAACCCCUCCUUCCCCUUCCCAGCACAUGCCUCAAGGGACUGGGCUGAAGAGCCAGAGAUGGUGAAGCUGAUGGGGCCAUGGCUUAUCCUUCCACAUUCAUGUUUCUCCAGCAGGACCUUGUUAGAUAUUUUAGAAGUGUGGAUCAUAGAUCAGCAGGGUUACUGACAGAAACAAAUCCCAGAGCAAUGAAAUUCAGUGCUGCUGAACUGAAGGGGCGGCCAAAGUUUUUGCAAGAGAGUCUCUGCUGCUUUCAUUUCACGUGAGACCUCCAGUUAGUCAAGUAUUACUUCAUUUGGUUUUGCCAUUCAGGAUGGUUGCAAGGACUGCUUAUUUUUCCUGAGUUCUUUUUCUUUAAUUUUGUAGAAGCAGCACCCCACUCCACUUGAACAUUUUUAAGCUGUGUUUGGACCUAUAGUCUGAUUGUGUGUUGGGUACCAAAAGCCAAUUCUUAUUUCAUUGCCUUCUGAACACUAGGAAGGAAGGGCGAGACUAGAAGAAAGGAAUAGCUCCCACUCUGGAAUUUCCACCUAUGACCCAAUGACUGCGUACAGUGCCAGUAAGCCCAGAUACUGUGUCUCAGCACAUGUUGCUUUUCUACCCCAUCGUCUUGUGUGGUGUCCCUGCCUCAUAGUUGGCAGAUUUACACUAGAGCUCACUUCACUGUACAAUGGCUGAAUCUGCCCUAGUCUCAGUAAAAUAAAGGAAUUAUGUGCAAUA